AUGGCAUCUCUAGCCUUUUUCUAUGCUUGCACGUACUCGAUCUCCGGUUCUGACUUGCUCACAGUGACUCUAGGCAUGGCAUACUGGGCGCAUGCUCGAAGGAAGGCUCUUCACAUUUUGCCCCAAGGUCCGCGAUGGCACCGGCCGUCAUUCGUGUUGGUGAUGCCUUACGACUGCUGUACUUGCCGGGUGAAAGGGCCUCCCGCGUCGUCCACGGCCUCGCUUCCCCGCUGA